CUGGCUUCCUGCUUGCACCAUAACAAACAAGAGAAGACACCUUUUUACUAGAGCAUUUUAGGGCUUUUGCCUCUUGCUUUCUCUCCCAGCUUCAACAUACGACAAGCUGAAAGUGUCUUCUUGGUCCAUGUCUUGAACUCCCUGCGCAACACCAGAACAAUGGAGUUUGAGAUUAGUGAAAUUAAACAACAUGUUGAUGCAAGUCACCAUCAAGCCUGCAGUGACUUUGAGAGGGCCAGCGAACUCAUCACAAAAGCAUGGCAGAAUGAGGUCCAGAGGAACUCGGCUCUGUGCAUGUUAAUCCAGCGCCUGGAAGAGAAAGCUGAGAGAGCGUUUGAGAAUGUAGGGAGCCUAUCAGCGCUGGAGGAGGCAAACCAGCAGCUGAAGCUCCAGGUGGAUGAACUACAGAAACAACUGAGGGACAAACACAACUCACUAGCAGAAGCCAACCAGACUAUUGCCUUGAUGAAGCAUGACCGGGGAAUCCUGCGACAAGAGAUGCAGAGACGACUGAAGGGCAAAGACAUCUCGCUAACACAAGCCAAUCAAAGUAUUUCUUUGCUUGAGCAUGACGGGAGAAGCCUGCGUCAUCAGCUGAAGCAGAGUCAAUGGAAUAGUCACAGCACGAAUCAGGAAGUGACUGAAGGACGGCAGGAUGGGGAGAGCAAGUCCAACGUGGUGAAAAACGAGGGUGGUCAACAGGAAACUGGCAUUAAAAAGGAAGGCCAUUACGCUGUUCCUGCUGCUGAUGAUGAUGGUGCUGCUGAUGAAUAUCAGUGUACUCAGUCUGAUGAAACUGCCGCCCCCACUGACCUGGCCACCUCCACAUCUGCAGACAUCAAAGCUGAGCUGCUGCAGAACGAGGAGGAUGGUCCACUGCAGAAUGUAGUUACUGGCAUUAAAGAGGAAGAAGAUUAUCUUGCUGCUGAUGAUGACGACAAUGCUGCGUCUGACCCCUCGGCAGACAUUAAAACUGAAGCAGCGCAGUGUCACUCUGAUGCAGCAUGA